AGUACACCGACGACGGCACACUCUUCAAUUGGUGGCCACCUAUGACGGAAGCGAAAUUUCGCAAGAAAGCCCAGUGCUUCUUGGAACAGUAUGGAAACGUCACAGAUCCCGUCACGCAUAUGAAGCUUCCGUCUAAACAAACGCUUGCCGAGGACAUCUCUGACAACGCGGCAGCUCGUCUUAGCUACUUGGCGUUCCUGAAGCAGAAGCAGAUCUAUAAGGACGACCUGCAACUCCUUCCCGGUCUUGAGUCCUACACUCCUGCGCAACUUCACUUCAUCAGUGCAGCCCAGCUCUGGUGCAAGAAGUACGAUAAGAAUCUGAAGAGGUCUGUGAUCGAUGACGACGUUCACUCCGUCUCGGAGCAGAGGGUUAACAUUCCCUUCGGAAACACGCCCCAGUUUGCAGAGGUCUUCAAUUGCCCCCGAGGCAGCAAGAUGAACUUCGCGAAGAAGUGCAGAAUUUGGUGAAAGGAGCAUCAUAUGCAUGCAUGCACCUUUCCGUCGUCACACAAGAAGAGUAUGUGUCUGACGCCGUAAGUUCUGCAACGUGGCGUUCGUGAAAAACGCUCACCGAUUGCAAUAAAGAGUCGCAAACAGUAAA